GGCUCUAAAUGGAAAUAUAAAAUAAUUAAAAUAAAAAAUAAAAAAUAAAAAUUAAUAUCAGUUCUAAGUAGUGGUAGGUCUGCUCAUUUCAUAAUAACUCUUUUCGGCGAUCGGAUCGUUGCUAAUUUUCGUCUUUAGCCAUUUCAAACAACCAAACGAGGUUGUUGUUAAUUGGAGCAGCUUUUAAAGGAAAGAGAUAAACAUGUUGGGAAUUAUUAGACAGAAAAUGACUGCUGGUCUUUCUCCGGCUAUGAGAAUACGUCCGGUGGCGUCGGCGUUGAGGAGUUAUUCGUCUGCAGCUAAAGAGAUCAAUGUUAGAGAGGCUUUGAACUCUGCACUUGAUGAGGAGAUGUCUGCGGAUCCUAAAGUUUUCCUGAUGGGUGAAGAGGUUGGGGAAUAUCAGGGUGCUUACAAGAUAUCCAAAGGGCUUUUGGACAAGUAUGGUCCUGAGAGGGUCCUUGAUACCCCAAUCACCGAGGCUGGUUUCACUGGGAUUGGAGUUGGGGCUGCUUACUAUGGUCUCAAGCCUGUUGUGGAGUUUAUGACGUUUAACUUCGCCAUGCAGGCGAUUGACCACAUCAUAAAUUCUGCUGCAAAAUCAAAUUACAUGUCUGCUGGCCAGAUAAAUGUUCCCAUUGUUUUCAGAGGGCCUAAUGGUGCUGCUGCUGGAGUUGGUGCUCAACACUCUCACUGUUAUGCAGCUUGGUAUGCCUCUUGCCCUGGGUUGAAAGUACUGUCUCCGUAUAGUUCAGAAGAUGCCCGUGGACUGCUAAAAGCCGCUAUAAGGGAUCCCGAUCCUGUUGUUUUCCUCGAAAAUGAGUUGCUAUAUGGCGAGUCAUUCCCUGUUUCAGCUGAAGUUCUUGAUUCUAGUUUUUGCCUUCCAAUUGGAAAAGCUAAGAUCGAGAGAGAAGGAAAGGAUGUAACUAUCACAGCUUUCUCAAAGAUGGUGGGCUUUUCACUUAAGGCUGCUGAGAUACUGGCAAAGGAAGGAAUCAGCGCUGAGGUAAUAAACUUGCGCUCAAUCAGGCCACUAGAUAGAGCCACAAUUAAUGCUUCGGUCAGGAAAACGAACAGACUGGUAACAGUUGAAGAAGGGUUCCCUCAACAUGGAGUUGGUGCUGAAAUCUGCGCUUCUGUUGUUGAAGAGAGCUUUGGAUAUCUUGAUGCAGCGGUUGAGAGGAUUGCUGGAGCUGAUGUACCCAUGCCAUAUGCCGCCAAUCUUGAGAGAAUGGCUGUCCCACAGGUUGAAGAUAUUGUCCGUGCUGCAAAGAGAGCAUGCUAUCGAUCUGUGCCAAUGGCUGCAGUUGCAUAGUUUUACUGAUUGAGCCCAUAAGUGGUGUCAACUCCAGGAACAGGUAGAGGGAUCGUACAUUUUUUCCCCUUCUCAGCUCUUUUGGGGAGGAAUUUCUUUCUAAAUAAUUCAGAGAUUGUUGAUGAUGACGGGAAAUUUUGUUGCUCUGUUUUGUCAUGUUAAUGUGGCAAUCAAUUUGUAACAUGUUCAAAUCGUGGAAGCCAAAAUAAGUUUUAUUUGGAAUCUCUAUGUAUGGAGUUUCCUGUUUACUGAGCUUGUCAUUA